GGGCGCCGCCUCCCCGGGACCGACCGGCGACCCCUCCGCGGGACCGACCGGAGCCUCCUCCCCGGGACCUGACGGGCGCCUCCUCCCCAGGACUGACCGGCGCCUCCUCUCGGGGCCCUGACGGGCGCCUCCUCCCCGUGAACUGACGGGCAUCUCCUCCCCGGGCCCUGACGGGCGUCUCCUCCCCGGGCCCUGACGGGCGCCUCCUCCUAGGACCUGGGGAGCGCCUCCUCCCCCGGCCGUCGCGCGCCCCUCCUCAGACCUCCUUCCGGUCCCUCGCGGCCCGCCUCUCGCAGCAGUUUCGCUUCUGAGUCUGAGAUCUGCGACCAGCGCGGCGGGGCCUCGGGAAGCGGCGGCAACUCCCAUAUUGGAACUUGUCAGGAAAAGCCAUGGCCUCAGCCAGCAAGAUGAAGGAGGAAGCCAAGUGUGCCAUCUGCCUGUCCCUAAUGUCUGAGCCUAUGAGCAUCAGCUGUGGACACAGCUACUGCAAACUGUGCAUCAUCAGCUUCCUUGAGCAACAGGAAACGUUAAGUAUGGUCCCCUGUCCCCACUGCCGGGCUCCAUUUCAUUUGGCCAGCCUCCGGCCCAACAAGCAGCUGGGAAGUCUCAUUGACGUCAUCAAGGAGAUGGACCAUGAGAUGUCGUGUAAGGAACACGGAGAGCACCUCCACCUAUUCUGCGAAGACGAGAGCCAGCUCAUCUGCUGGCGCUGUGAGCGGUCACCGCAGCACAAAGGGCACCACACGGUUCUCAUCGAGGACGUAUGCCAAGACUACAAGGAAAAGCUUCAGAACGCUGUGACAAAUUUGAGGCAACUAGAAGAGGAAUGUAUGAAACUGAAGGUGUUCACAACAAAGCAAAUAAGCGAGUGGAAUGAGAAGAUAGAGAUUCAGAAACAAAAAAUCCAGUCUGACUUUAAGGAUCUUCAGAGAUUCCUACGAGAAGAGGAGAAGUCUCAUCUGUGGAGACUGGAGAAAGAGAAAGAGCAGACUCUAAAGAGACUGAGAGAUAACGAGGCCACUCUGGAACAGAAGAGCCAAGAACUCAAGAGUCACAUCCUGGAACUAGAGGAGAAAUGUCAGGGCUCAGCCCAGAAGGUGCUGCAGGAUGUGAAAGACACUUUGCACAGGAGUUGGGCUAUGACGUUGGAAAGACCAGAGGCCCACUCUUUGGAGCUUGAUACUGUGUACAGUGUUUCUGAGCUUUAUUUUGAUGUGAAGAAAAUGUUAAGGAACUAUCAAGUCAAUGUGACUCUGGAUCCAGAUACAGCUCAUCGUGAGCUAAUUCUGUCUGAGGAUCGGAGACAAGUGACUCGUGGAUGCCUCCAGGAGAAUCUGGACAACUCUUCUAAGAGAUUUAGGAUCUUACCCUGUAUUCUGGGCUGUGAAGGCUUCACUUCAGGGAAACAUUACUUUGAAGUGGAUGUGGGAGAAGGAACUGGGUGGGACUUAGGAGUCUGUCUGGACAGUGUUCAGAGGGACGUUGGUCUGAUACAGGAGCCUCAGUCUGGAUUCUGGGUCAUUAGACUAUGCAAAAAUAAAGGCUACUUAGCACUUACCUCUCCCAUAACUUCCCUUUAUCUGAGGGAGAAGCCCCUGGUUGUGGGGAUUUUUCUGGACUGUGAUGUCGGAGUUGUAUCCUUUUACAACAUGACCACUGGAUCCCACAUCUUUACCUUCCCAAAGGCCUCCUUCUCUGAUACUGUCCGGCCCUAUUUCCGGGUUUAUCAACAUUCUCCUUUGUUCUUGCCUCCCCCAGACAAGUAAGGAAAGAAGUAAAAUCUCCUUCUUGGUUUAACUAGCAUAGAAAAUAUAAUGUCAGCCCUGUGAGGGCAGAAAUUUGGUCUGUUUUCUUCACUUCUUGUACUCAGAACAGUCCUGGGCUUUUAGUGGCUACUUAAUACUUUUGCUUUGAAUGAAUGGAUAGAACAACGGCAGAAAUACCACAGAUGGUCAGCCUGAGCUGGGGAAAGCCAGAUAAUAGCAAUGAUCAUGCAUUGUCUUCCAAAUUCCCCCCCCCCCCCCCCAGUGGAUUCAGAGCUUUGAUUUCCAAGAGUCUUUGGGUGACCUGCAGGGUGACCCAGAGGUCAGGAGGUCUGAGUUCUCCCAGUUUGUUUGAUGCCAUAGGAACUCAUGGGUGGGGGGUGAGGUAAAGCUGCAAUGGUCUCUGCCAACUGCAAGAAAGAGCAUGAGAACCAACAUAGUGACUCUUCUAACCACUGACAUUUGAUUAUUCAUCUGAGCCAUAGCCCUGGAUGAUGCAGUGAGUGCAGAUGCCUUCCAGACCUAGUGAGCUCUGCCUGGGCAAUAACACGUAAAGUAUGAAAGAAGAGUUAAAAUUGGCUUACAGUGAUAUGUUUCAAAUGGGAAGGAGAUUCGGAAUAAAAACAAAUUUUCUUGGGGGACUCAGUACUGGAAAAGAAGUUGAUAUGUUCCAGACUGUGCUAAGCCAGCUAUCUUGAAAUAGCUAAAGAUCUCAGCAAAUAGUUACCACUGGCAUGAUUGUUGGCAGACUUUGUUAUGAUUCUUCUAUGAUCAAAGAGACCUUAGCUAUACCUGGGUCUAUUUUGAAGAGAACAUUCCAUGGCAAACCUAAAUUAUCAUGGCUGAGUUGACUAAUGGCAAGAUCAUAGUGAAGUCAGCCAAGCCACAAACAAUGUAAGUGAUGCGGGUGUGAUGCCUGGGGCUUUGGAAGCUGUCUGAGAUCCUAGGGAUGGUAGAGGUGUGGCUAAAGGGAGCUGGCAAAUUUGGGGAGGUGCCGUACCAGCCCUGGUCUCUGGAUUUCCUGGACUGUCUACAUGGGAGAGACAUGAACUUGCUUCAGCCACUAUCAUUUUGGGUUUUCUAGUCAAUGGAACUUAAUCUAAUCUACCAGGGCACAGUGAGUUGCUGUUGCUUUAAAAAAAAAAAAAGUAGCCAUAAAAUCAUCUACUCCUUACAUGUUUUGUUUCCAUGUAUUUAAUUGGAAUUCUGUAACUUUCUGAAUUUCAUUUGUAUGUAUGAGUUUGUUUAGAUUUUCAUUCCCCCUCUUGAGUCAGUCAGGUCAUUCAAUUUCUUUUAAAAAGCAGUUUAUUGAAGUUUUCAAAUGUAUUUGCACAUAAUUCUUCAAAUUACUCUCAAAACUAUUAAUUCCUGUAUAUGCUCUUUCAGGUUUCCAUUUUAUUUCCUGUUUUCUUUUUUAAAAACCUUUAUUAGAGUAGCUAAUGCUUUGUUUAAUGUAGUAGCAUUUCUUCCCGUUAAGGACGAGCAGAACUUAUUUUUUGUUCUCUAACUUGCCUGAACCCCAGUCAGUUUCUCAUUUUAUCUUUAUUAUCCUUAUUGUUUCCAAAGGUUUAUUUUGUUAAUUAAAAAAAAAUUUUUUUUAGUUGAAUGUUUAUCAUCAUUCUUUCUUGUUCAGCAAUCUGAGUGUUUAAGGGUAUAGACUUUUCCCUGAGCAGGGUACUCAAUUCUAGGCCCUGUCAACAUUCGGAGGCCACUCCCCACUGGGCAAGACCACAUUCCAAGCUGUAGGAUGGAGAAAGGGACAUAGAAGUAGAGCAAAGGGCCUGCAGCCAGCAGCUAAUUUUUAUGUAGCUUCCGAAAACCUACCAUACGGCUUCCUACUUGUACUGCAUUAGCCAGAACCAGUGGGCAGAGACUGUGUGUGGUAUCCUGUAUGUAUUUAGCCGGAAAAGAAGAGGGCCCCCCGGUGCCCCUUCCUCAGACCUUCUAGACAACCUCUCCCACUGCAGUUGCUUGCAAGGUCAGGUACGUGUGGUGUCUGUGACGCUGCACCAGAGGACCAGAGACCGAGCACAGCAGGAAGGAGAGGACAGCAAUUGAGGGAGCCGCAGGAAUGAAAACGAUCAACCGACCCAGAGUCUGUGCUGAGGUAAGACCCAACCUCCUCACCAUGGCCUAGAAGGCAAAUUCUGGCCUCGAAGGCCUUGCCUUCCUGGAUUAAUAAUUACUUUUCCUGCCUCUGACCUUCCACAAAUAAUGGUCUUCUCUUUGGGCCCAGACAGGGCCAAGGUUGUUUUGGCCCAAGGGCUUUUGCGCAUGCUGUGUUCUAGGUUCAGAGUGGCCUUUUCAUAGCUGCUUUUUCUGAAGCUGGGUGAGCUCAUUCCGAUCACCAGCUGUGCAGACAAGAAUUGGGGGGCAGUUCACAUCCCAGAAGGGAAACUUCAACCAAAGAGGGAAUGGGGUGGAUGGAUAAAGUCUCCAACCCAAAUGACCUGCAGAGGAACAAUUCUGGGAUGACUUCUACAUGUUGCCUCAAAGGACAUCCAGUGAAAUGGAACCCAAGUGCUCACAGCGGUAAUCAAGACAGGAAUGCACCUACCACUGCCUUUUCCACCUUCCCUGCCUCGUGUCCGUGUUCCAGCACGCCUGCAUUCUGGGGUCCCAUUCUAGUAACCACCUGCACCCACUUCCAGGUCUGAGCUCAACUUUUCAGAGAGAGCAAGCACCACCACCUCCCUCUCUCGUGUCCUCUUUCUAUAAAUAAAUAUAGAAAUGGAUAUAGAUAUCAAAUGAUUAAAUCCACAGACAUUUAUUGUGGAAUACUGUAAAAUAUAGUUAAUUAUACUCUCAGUUCUAAGGAACAAACACUCCUACUAUGGUGGUAAAUCACCUUCCCCAUAUAUAUGUUAGAUCUUGCAUGUUUUUCUCAGGGGAACUCUUCCCCAUGGCAUUAACAAUUAUUUUAAUAUGUGGUUUUAAAUGACUGUAGCAACCUCAUAAUCACUCACAUAUACAUUUGGGUUGUUUCUUGCAAUUAUAAGUAACGUUCAAAUGAAUAUCACUGUAUGUGAUUAGGUCUUCAGCUCUCCUGUUUUUCCUCAGGGUGGGUUGCCAGAGUCACAGUAUAUGAACGUUUGGUUAAAAGACUGUUAGUAUAUUCUUGCCCCUCUCCUUCCUCUUCCCCCACUUCCUCUAUUCCCUCUUCUGUUCCUAUAGCUCUGGCUGUCAUUGGCUAACCCCUCUAGGAGCUGGGAACCUUGGGGGGGCUUUGAUAACAAGGGGAACUAUGGGCAGGAGUUCAGAUGGGAGAACCUUUCCCAGAUGGGAGUGAAGAAUGUUGUAGUUUGGAGGUGAAAACAUCACUGAAGCAGAGAUCACCUCAUUAAUACCCACUUCUGUUUCCUCAUGUAAGAAUGGGAUGGAUACAGAAUUUUAAAAACUAGGGGGCUGAAGGGGCAGGGGGCAAGAAGCUGGACACAUCUGGGAUUUUACUUCAGAAGCAACACUUGCUUCUCCUCAAGGACGGACAGAGCUGUCACUGUUGUAGAAGACUAAUUCAAGGCCAUCCACGGAAUGCGUGUCAAUUUCUGCAUCAAACCGCCCCAAAACUUUGUUGCUUCAGACUGCUAUCAAUCAUCACACUCACAAUGCUCUAGGUCAGCUGGAGGUUCUUGUGGGCAGGGCUGUAUGUGGCUGAACCCGGCUGUGCCUUCUCGUGUGUCUGCAGCAACUGGAGAAUCAGCUGGUGCUAGGUGAUCUGGCGCAGCCUCACCCCUAAGUCUGGGGGCUGGCAGGCUGUUGCCUGGAGCGCCUCCUCCCGCUAGCAGGUGAGCUUAGCCUCUUUCACAUGGUUGUUUCAGGGCUGUGAGAGAACCAACCAAAAGGGGAACAAGUUGCAAAGCACCUGGCUCUUUUGAAGCCUCUGCUUAGGUUACAUUUGUUAAAUCACUUGGCCAAGCCCAGAUCCAAGCGAUAGAGAAAUACAUUCCAUUUCUUGAUGGGAGAAGCUGCAAAGUCACAAAAGCAAAAGCGUACAAAGAGAAAGAGGAUGAGAUGAAUUCAGGGCAAUUUUUGCAAUCUAUCAUUAGAAACUUAUUGCUUAAAGUCUCUACAUCUAAACUAAGGGAGGAAUAGAGAUUCAGAGACACUCUGAGUCCUUGGCCCAUAGCAGAUUCAGCCCCAGUCUCUCCCCAGAGACAAGGUCUACUAGACUCUUGGCAACAUCAGUAAUUCCACUCUGCCCACACAAACAGCUGAGCCCCUGGGACUCUGAGAACUGAUCCUCACACCCACCUCUCUUAGCCCUGCCCCUCAUGCUUUUCUAUGUGGAUAGAUGCUUCUGUGAUUAUAACCAACCACCUGGACCUGCAUAUACAGGCACUGGCUUAAGAAUGUGGUUUGUGAGACUCGUGCUGUGUGAAUAACCUUGGGAGCCUGGUUUCUUAAAAUAUAUGAUCUGGCCUCCAGGUCAGAACUGGCCCUUCUGUUCCGAACACCAAGAGCUACAAAUCUUGUCUCACAACCCCUCCUGCUCCAAGCAGGGCUGGCCCCCCAGGAUGGAAUCCGAGAGGGGUGGCAGACACAGAGAGCCCGGGCUCCUUGAAAAUACAGCAACAUGGUAACAUGGAAAUGCAGCUUGCUCCAAACUGCACGUAGGCGAACAAAUGUUUAACUUCAAACCCUGUUAUUUGCCCUGUGAAUAUGGUCUUUAUGGGGAUGGUCAGUUGGAAGUCUCAGCUGAGGGGAGGAUGCUCUGCCCAGGGCUCCCAAUCAGAACUCCAGCCUGGCUGUUUUCAUGGGGCUUCCCCAGCCAAUGAGGUUGGAUGUUUUAAGUACCCGAUUUGAUGUAACUUUGCCUUAUUCUCAUUUAUUGCCUACUAUUAACUCCACUAUGUGUAGAUUCCUUUCCUCUUCUGUUUCUAUAAUAAUAAUAAUGUUUUCUUUCCUUUUUGAAACCAAAACACGGCUGUUGUGAAUCUUUUGUUCAGAACACAUGCCCACCCAUAACACCAGCCUGAAGUGGAGUCUGCACUUGGUUCUCUGGGACUCCCAGGGAAGGAAAAGAAUUACCAGCAGCUGGAAUUGGAAAUGCAGGAAACUCCUCAGGCCCUUCACCCCAAAUUCUCUUCUUCACCAGGAGGAAUAAGGAAGACAGAGAUUGUUGUUCAGGAAGGUGUUUGAUUAGCAUGUUAAUGAGCAUGGGGCCAAGAGAAUCUACUAUACUCCUUGAACUUAUACAAAUUUCUCUGGACAAGUAGAUAUGAUCCAACCUGUCUUAUUCUAGGAAUCAGGUGUCUCAUCACUCCAGUCCAGAGGAAGGGCCUGCAGUCUUCAGAGCUCAUUCUUCUUCCCACCUGCCUUGCAUCUAGCCAUCUGACCCUCUCUGUCUUUCUCCAAUGCCUAAUCUCUCUGAGGACGGGACUGUUUUUGUUUUACAUCUUGGUACCAAUCCUAAGUGCCUGCUUUAGUUUGUUGGACACCUGGAUCCAUUAAAGAUAGUAAGUGAAAUAUAAAAACGUUCACCUUUCUAUGGUACAGCCAGAUCUAUGUCUGAUUUCUGAUUUGAUUUACAAGUGGGUGACACCAGACUUCUGGGCUCUGUUUCCUCAAGGGUAAGACUGGGGCAAUAAUCCCAGGCUCAGGUACAAAGCACUAGGUAUGUAACACAAUAACUAGGCCUUUUCUGUUAGUUGAUGUAACAAUUGCAAAGCACUGCCAUAUACAUGACCUGCUAAAGAGAACUUCUUGGGCCACCAUCAUGUAAUCUUUGUGGGCUCCUGGGUAACUCAAUCCCUUCUCUGGGCCUCCAUCAGUCCAGGAAAAUACUAACAUAAUUUUAGUGAUGACAAAAUAGAACCCAGAUCAGUGGUUCUUAACUUUUGCAGUCCACUGUGGUUAUCUGCAGAGCUUUUAGGUAACACACCGAAGCCGGCCUGCCCUAGACAAAUUAAAAGGGGAAUGUGAGCGAGGGGAGCCCAGGCAGAAGGUUUACAUCUUGAGCUUCUGCAGUGACAGUGAAGGGACCUCUCCCCCCGAGGUGUCACUUCUUUGGCCUUACCCAGGUCUCCCCCUCCCCAUGAGCCUCAAGGAGGACUGAGCACCUGCUUCUCUCCUGAGGCGGGUCCUGGGGGCGUUCAAGGUCCCACCCCCACUGGAGCCCCUCCUCUCGGUCACCGGCGGCGGGGAAGCGCCCGAUGGGUGUGUGCCCCGAACCGGUGCACUGCCCGUAGGACUUCUCCUUCCACGCCGGGGAUCAUCUGCGCAGACUCCACCUCCGACCGGAGCGGGGAGGGGGGGAGACCUCGCGAGACCGGAUCCGGCGCCAGCGCCCACGGAGCAGCGCCCGCGCCUCCGAGCGCGGCCCCGGCGUCUCCGGCCGCAGGAGCCCCGCCCCCAGCGCCGGCCCCGCCCACUCCAGCCUCCAGGAGCCGCGCAUGCGCCGCCUCCGGGGCUCGUGUUCGGGCGUCUCGGGCCGUUUGCUGCGGUGUUUGUGGUUUCCUCCUGAGGGCGAGAGCUCUGAAAAAGGUGCUGAUCGUGGUGCGCUCGUCAGGGGGUGAGGAUGGAGACCCCACGUCUGAGUCGGCGGGAAGGAAAGAGACUGUGUCGAGAGAAGUAAAAGCGGACAAGCGGAGCAAGAACUCACCGCCCAUCGCCCCGAGAGUCCGCAGUGCUUCUGGAGAUGGGGUGUCGGCUCCCAGGACCCCCUUUUUAAUUAAAAAUAGUAAAGCAGUGUUGCACCUUACAUUCUAGUACACAUGUCUGUGCAUAUGUACAAGAAUUUUUCCAGGGUGUAUACCAAGAAGGAAAACUGUUGAGUGUUAGGGAUGCACACUUUCAAGUGGACUCCACACUGUCAAGAACAGGGAACAUGAGGAUGGUCAGAAGCCGCCCACUUAGCGUGCUCUGGUUUCUGGCCAGCCUGCCGGCAGCUCGAGGCUUCUCUCUGGUGGGCAAGUUUGGGAACGCACUGAAAAUUCAUCAUCCCGUGUUUUCUUCCCUCCUUGUUCCAGGUGAGUACUUCCCUUUGGGUUUCUGUACUUUGCCCUCUUGAAGCCCAGCACCUUAACGUUUUUGUAUCACCCCUGUUUCACCUCCAGUCUAGAAGAAUCAGCCUACUGUCCCUAAGAAGGGUCCCUGAAGCUGCAGAAAGUCUUACUUUUGAAAACAUGCCUGGUGUGCAUCCUAGCGUGGGUUGUAGGUGUUGUGGGGGCUGUUGGGGAGGCCUCCGGAAUAUCAGUGGAGGUGUUGGAUGAGAGGCGAAGUGGGCUGGAGGAAGGGGAGUGACGAUGUCGGGAGAAACUGCUGGAAGCUCAGAGGACGGAGAUGGAGCAGCGUGUACGGAAAAUGCACAAACAGGUUUUAAUCGAUCCCUACUGCGUAACGAUGAGCUCCUGCAGGCAGUGACAGUCUCUUUCCCUAGGAGAGGUUCCCUCUUCUUACAUUAUGGGUUUAGCAGCAAUUCUGCAGGAAAUACUAGACUCCACAGCCUGGAGGAGUGAUCUGCCCUUGCAGCUGCAGGCAGGCUCUGUGCUCUGGCCCCCAAGGCAAGGCCAUGAAGAGCUUAGAUUACCGGUAAGCAGGAAUAUGAAAACAUCGUGAAAUUUCAGGAGGAACACGGGUGGCUCCUUUUUGAGGCAUAUAUUGGCCAGUGGCCUGGUUCUUAGACUGUCAGGAGGGGAGGAGCGAGCCCUGAGAUCCCAGUGAGACCAACACUCCUCCCCCAUUCCAAAGCAAGGAGCAUUCUCUCUAAUGAGGCAGUGGGGUUUCCAGCUGCAGGACUCUUGACCCCUCAGUUUCUUCCUUCAGUUGAAAAAUUCAAGACCGUUAUAUUUUAUGAUGUUGUCAAGGCGCAGAUUGGAAUCCUACUCAAGGAUGCUGGCAGUUCAAGGUGGUGGUUGUGGAGUCUUCAUUCUUGGUUCCUUGCAUAAUCACUUAUAAGAAGUAGUAAAAGUUCAGUGCUGCUGCCAAGUGUUUCUGGACGAAAGAGCAGAACACAGAGAAAACAGCGCAUAAAAAGUCAAGUAUUGUUUUGGAGGUUACGUUUCCAGAUAUAAGAGGUUUAAAGAAGGUUGGGGCUCAUCUAAAGAACAUGUCUUCCAUGAGAAGAGGUUUCAGCCUCCAGAAUAAACUCUAAAGUCUCCGGUUUGCUUUCCGGGUUUCAUGCCCAGUGCAGAGCCCAAGGGUGGGGCCCGAACCCAUGACCCUGAGAUGAAGACCUGAUCUGAAAUCCAGAGUUGGACACCCCACCGACUGAGCCCCACAGGCGCCCCAUAGACAGCCCUUCUCAUCAUUGGGAGUAAAGUGUUGAGACAAUGGGAUAGUCAUUUUUAAAACACCAUAUACUAGGAUAAACUCCAAAUAGAUCAAAGACUGACAUGUUAAAAACAAAAAACAAAAAACAAAAACAAACCCAGACAAAAAUACAGGUGAAUUCCUUUGAUUCUUGAAGUGGGAAAGACCCUUUUUAACUUAUCAAAGUUAAGAGACAAAUGACUGUCUGAAAAAACAUUUUACAACACCUGGUACAAAGGGCUCAGUUCUCCAAUACAGACCCAGAGCUUCUGGAACCAAAAUAAACCAUUGUUCCUUUACACAUGGUAUAUCACGUACCUGUGGAAAGAGAUGGAGAGCUCUGGGUCCCAUUACAGCCAAACAUCCAGGACAGACUGCUAAGUGAACAGCGGUAGAGAACUUGUUCGCAUUAUCCUGUGACAGGGCAAGAAAGAAAAGUAUAUAUAUGUUUUGUUUCUAUUUGCAUAAAGAAAACACCAGAAGGGGACCUGAGUGGUCAAGGUCAGUGAUGUGGAACUUGACUUCUCAGUGUGUAUCUUUUCAUGUAAUUUGGAUUUUUGUAUCAAACUAUGUAUUAUAAAAUAAAAUGAAAUAAAAUAGAUGGUGACCCGUGAUACUCUAGGUCCAAUCACA